AUGGUUCUAGGGCGGCGCGCCUUAUGGCGCACCCGAGGCGACUCGGCCGGAAGCCUCGACGUUCCGGGAAAGGGGGGUUCUGCCGGCAAAGCAGACGGCGCGGUGGUGGUCGACGACGAUCUAGUCAUGACGGAGGACUGGGACGGCGCGGCGGCCGGCGCGGCGGGAAAAGCGCAAACCGGCGGGGGAGACGGCCAGGCGGGGGAUGGUAAAGCCGGCGGAGACGGCGCCGGCGGCGGAGGCGACGGAGCGGGCGAGACAAUGGAGAUUAUGUUGGAAGACGGGCUGCAGUUAACGGUGGAGAUAGACUCGGGCGAGAAGCUUCUGAACGAGCUGGGGUACAAGCAGGAGCUCAAACGCGCGCUCGGGUUCUUCGAGCUGUUCUCCAUCGGCCUGUCUACCAUCACUGUGUUUACCGGCAUUGUGCCGUACUAUGGUCAGGCGUACAUCAACGGAGGCCCAGUGGCGGUGGUGUGGUACUGGUGGAUCACCGUCUUCUUCACGCACCUCAUCGCUCUCUCCAUGGCCGAAAUCUCCUCCUCCUUCCCCGUGGCCGGUUCCCUCUACUUCUGGUCGGCAGCACUGGCCGGGCCGAAGCACGGCCCCUUUGCUGCGUGGAUCACGGGCUGGCUUGAGUUUCUCGGCCUUUCUGUGGGGCUGGGCGGCGUCUCGUACGGCGGGGUGAUCAUGCUACAGUACACCGUGCUGGUCGCCACAGGAGGGGCGAAUGGGGGAGGCUACCUGCUAAACAACUACGAGUCAUUUGCCAUCACAGUGGGCGCCAUUCUCCUCUGCGGCAUUCUCAACUCCUUCUCCAUCAAGUUCAUUGGCCGCCUUGCCGUCGUCAGUGCCGUCUAUCAGAUGGGUCUCGCCAUAGUCAUCAUGAUUCUGCUGCCGUCGGUAGCGCCAGUGCACCAGAGUGCCUCCUUCGUCUUCACUCACCACCACGUGCAGCUGGACGUGUCUCUGCUGCCCACUAUGGCGUACGCCUUCAUAGCAGCGAUGCAGCUAUCGCAGUACUCCCUCUACGCAUACGACACAGUGGCCCACAUGGCAGAGGAGACCAAGCGCUCCGAUCGCGCGUCCCCAGCCAGCAUGGUGCUCUGCCUGUCCGCGGUCAGCCUGCUCGCGUGGGGGCUGCUCGUCGCCUUCACCUUCUGCAUUCAGAACGACGACAACCUCACCAGCCCGGACAGCGUUACGGCCGGCAAUCAGAUCCUGGUUACCAUCAUCUGGGAGGCCUUUUUCGCUCGCUUCGGCAGCGGCACAGGGGCGGUGGUGGUGCUCUCACUCAUCUACAUCGCCUUCCUCUUUGGCGUCUUCGCCGGCAUUCUUGGCGCCUCCCGCGCGGCCUACGCCAUAUCGCGAGACAAGGGCCUGCCAUUCGCGUUCAUCUGGCGGCGGGUGAACCGAGACAAGACGCCCAUCUACUCCGUGUGGCUCUGCUGUGGCGUCGCCAUCCUCUUCUCCCUGCCGCUCCUCAAGGACUCUUUCCUCUUCUCCGCCAUCACCUCCCUCGCCACCGUCGCCUGGGUGGGCGGCUAUGCUGUCCCCAUCUUCUUUCGGCUCAUUCAAAGGGAGGAGGACUUUGAACCGGGCCCGUUCUACCUCUCUAAAUACGUCGGCGUCUGGGGCAGACCCGUGGGCGUCAUCUUCGCCCCCGCAUCAUCCACAAUCUCUCCGCUCAGCAGCACCGUCAUUGCCCGCAUGCGGAACCCCUUCUUGGCACUCGCUGCCAUUGCUCGCGAAGAGGAGGAGGAGGAGGAGGAGAAGAAGAAGGAGGUGGAGGAGGAGGAGGAGGAGGAGGGAGGAGGAGGAGGAGGAGGAGGAGGAGGAGGAGGAGGAGGAGGAGGAGGAGGAGGAGACGGAGGCGGAUGGGUGGAGCAGUGA